AAUAACCACCAGACGGCGAGUACUACAAGGCAAUACAAUUAUGGCGUUUGGCAGGAAGAUGGCAUCUAGCAUGGUGCAACAUUUCCUUGUGCGUCCGGUGCGAUUGACUAUUGCUAAUACUAGAUUACAGCUUAUUCGCUGUCAAAGUAUAGUAGCGGAAAAAUUAGUUUAUUCGGAGUACGGAGACGUCACGAAGGUUGUUCGUCAAGAGAAAGAGAACCUGCCAGCUCCCAAGGACAAUGAGAUUGUAGUUCGAAUGUUGGCUGCUCCUAUUAAUCCUGCAGAUAUCAACACAAUCCAAGGAGUGUAUCCUGUAAAGCCUCCACUUCCAUCAAUCCCCGGGAAUGAAGGAGUUGGAGAAGUUAUAAGCCUAGGCUCAGGAGUUACAGAUCUUAAGAAAGGAGACAGAGUGUUGCCCAGAGCUAACGCAUGGGGUACGUGGCGAACACAUGCAGUCUGUGAUGCAAAAGAAAUGAUAAAAAUACCAAAUAAUAUUGGUAUUGUUGAGGCAGCUACGAUGACUGUGAAUCCGUGCACUGCGUACCGUAUGCUGCGUGACUUUGUGAAUCUUUCAAGAGGAGAUACAGUUAUACAGAAUGGUGCAAAUAGCGCAGCUGGACAGAGUGUUAUUCAGUUGUGUCGAGCAUGGGGGAUCACUUCUGUGAAUGUUGUUAGAAAUCGGGAAAACAUUGACGAACUGAAAGCCUUUUUAACGGAUUUGGGCGCCUCAUAUGUUCUUACUGAAGAGGAACUCAGAACAACAGAACUGUUCAAGAAGUCUGUCGUGCCAAAACCUAAGCUCGCAUUCAACUGUGUGGGUGGUAAGAAUGCACUGGAGUGCCUCCGCCACCUUGAUAACGGUGGCAUUAUGGUGACGUACGGUGGGAUGUCCCGGGAACCAGUUACUGUACCCACUUCUGCUCUCAUCUUCAAGGAUAUUAGUGUUCAUGGAUUGUGGAUGACACGCUGGAGCAUCAAUCAUGCUGGGACAACAGAGCAGACUGAAAUGUACCGAGAUAUCUUAAAUAUGUAUGCAGAAGGAAGUCUUAAAGCUCCUGUCCACAAACUCAUUCCCUUUAGCAAUUACAGAGAAGGACUUGAAAAUACAAUGACUGUUAAGGGAUUUUCAGGGCUCAAAUACAUCUUUGAUUUUCAGAGCUAGUUAUUAGUUGUGAUUUUUAGGUUGCUCAAAUAAUUUAAGUUAUAUGCAAAAAUGUUAAAUUUGUAUGUGAUAAAUGAAGGGAAAAUUAGUGGGAGGAAGUUAAUCUACGUGGUACAUUUGUUGUGCUAAAAACACUUCAUUGAAAAUUUGUUAUAAUUUUCUUAUAGUCUGUACAAAUACAAUGAAAUGCCAGUGAACUGAGUACAAGGCAUAAAAGAACUCUAUUUUCAAAAUACUUGUCUCGCCCCAGUCAUUUUACCAUAUAAAGUAUGGCGAAACCUACAAAUUAGGAACGUCUUCAUAAGAGACCUGUAUAACUGUUGGUUUAAGCAAAAGAAAUUGUAUGUAUGUAUACAAGCACUUCAACAUAAAUUUAAUGAAUGCUAGUAACAAAAUUCCUAUUUAGAAACAUCUUAAUCACACGGUAUCUGUAGUAAAGCAACAAAAUUAAAUUAUCUACCAUAUCAGGUCCAGGGAUAUGGAAAGUGAUAAAUAAUUCAUUUCAGUAAAUGAUCCAUUCAAACCCCAUCCUGAUAACAGUUCUAAAAAUAUGAAGACAAUUAUAGUGCUUCCACUGCAAUGAUUUUUAAUUUGUAAAAUCUUAUAUAACAAAUUUGACACUGAAAAACAACAUAUUAUAUGCAUCUGAAUUGCUAGUCGUUAUACAGUGUUAACCAGUUCAGAAAAUUAAUUUGUUUUAUUAAUGCUACUAACUUCAUCAGCAAAUAGAACAGAAUGUAUCUGUAACAGUCUUUUUAGGGCUUCAGAAGAUGUACAAAAUUUGGUUGCUUUUAUUUUAUGUGCUUCUGCUGUGAUUAUUUUUGCAUUUUCAACUUAUGUUUAAGAAGGCAUGUCUUAAUGAUGCAUUUACAAAGCAAAUAUAUCCAUUUGUUUUGUUGUUUAUUUAUUGUUAUAUGAUGUAA